GGCGGCGGCGCGGUCGGCGGCGGCGCGGGCAGCGGAGAGCCCGCCCUCGGCGGCGGCGCGGGCGGCGAGUGGCCCGGCGAGGCGGCGGAGUGCUCCGAGGGCACGGGCUCGUGCGAGGGGCCCGUCGGCGAGGAGAGCAGCUGCGGGCUGAGCCCCGUGGCCCCGCGCGCGCUGGAGGCGGGCAGCGGCGCGCAGAGAAGCCGGGAGCAGCGUCUCGAGGUGGAGCUGCGCGUGGGCGCGGAGGACGGCUCGCCCCUGGCGCCAGCCUGCGAUUCCGACGGGUCCGGCAGCGAGGACGACGAGGAACUGUCGGGCUUGAUGGUCCAGAGCAUCCGCGUUCCCGUGGUGGGGGCGGCCAGCCGCGCGGCCCCAGCUGGCGAAGGCUGCGGGCUGCUGCGGCUUGCCGCGCCUCCUGCUGCUCCUCCUUCUCCCCCUCUUCCUCGUCUAGUCUCGUCUCGUCUCGUCUCG